UGUUAUGAGGUUGAAAACCACAGUACGCCAUCUUCGUUGCGAAAUAGAGCUCAAUAAUCGUUCACAUAAUGCGGGUUUAGAGCAGAAAUAUUGCAAAAAUGGUUGAUUAAAUAACGCAUUACUUUCUGAAUAUAUAUAUGGUGCUUGUUAGUGUACAAUUUGUAAGGCACCGUCGGAUUUAUUGCAGAAAACGUUCGAGUAUGAUGAACGAGGAAACUGUCGACGGUGAAUCGUAAAAUGGACGUGGCCCAGGUCACGUGGUUAUGACAUUUUCGAGGCAUUUUCUGGUUUUUCUAGGAUGUGUUCUAAAGCAGACGAAGUGUCAUGGAUAGAAUUUGAUUGGAAGACACCCUACUAGCGCAAAAAAGGAACAAUCGAGCUCGCAGAAAUACUAUUUCUGAGGUGCAAAGUGCGUGUGAACUUCAAGCAUAAUAAUAACGUCACGUGUUUUUGUUUAGGUCAUAUACAUUUAUAACUACUUCACGAUUGUGAAUAGUUUUGAAUUGUUACAUGAUUCUUUGAAGAUACAUGUAUUAUUGUUGUUAUUUGAGAUUUAUAAACUUCGUUUUCCAUGAUGUGAAAUGGGCUGUCAAGUUCUUUCAAGCAUGAAAUCUACAUGUCAAAUACCGUGUCCUUGAGACUAUGUUGUAUAGCGGCCAUGGCUCCUGCUCUUACGGAAUCGACCAGUCAGUCUAGAGUACAGCUGCCUGGUAGUCCGCCACCAGUUGUAUCAGAAAAUCCAGUGCAAGUUCAGAAACCUUCCAGUAAAAAUUUAUCAAGCACAGACAUUGCAUCAGUGAAAGCAAAAAUCUCAAGAUCGCUUUCAUCAGAAUUACAAAACACAGCUAGAGGACUUCUGAAACCAAUACAAGGAAAUAUUGAUACAGCACAAGUUAUUCUUACCGAACAAAUACAAAAAAGCUUACAAGAUUUAGGUCUGCCGCCUAAUUUCCCAGACAUUUUAAAACAAUUAACAGCCGUUAAGUCAGAAGUGAACAAUAAAAUUGACAAUCAUCUGAGAGCGUGUGAUAAGAAAAUGAAUCAGCCCUCUCCAGAAAUUGGAUCAAAUGGAACAGAUCUACAUGUUAUAAAACAGAACCCAGUGGUAAAAGAAAAUACUUUGAAUGGACAUUCAAGUAAACAUAAUGACUUGACAAAGCGGGUGAAUUAUACACAUUCAAAUUUGAUUUAUUCUAAAGUGCCAGAUUCACAGAAUACUGCCCUUGAUUUAAGUAAAACUUCCAAAAUGUGUUUAAAUAUUGGAACGGCCACUGCCCAGCAAACUGUUGCACAUCCAAGUACGUCAAGAGAGCAACACUCUGCAAGUUUACAUGUGAAUAGUGGCGUGAAAACUCGUGUAGUUUCUGAAGAGACAAGCAAUGAGGUUAAGCCUGCAGAUCUGAAAGAAAUUACUAGAAAAGAAUAUCUUCUUGAGCGAAGGAGUCAGUUCCUCUUGAGGAGAUUACGCAGGCUUCAAGGUAAACAUCUCGAGUCACAUGUAAAACUACAGCUGAAAGCUUUUGUUGAUUUUCAGCAUCACAAUUUACAGUCUGCUGCAUCGAAAGCCAUCCGACCGUUUGGUGAUUUACCAAACACAUUAUUUAAUAGUAGUGAAGUUAAAAACUUGUCAACGUCAAAUUUGGUAACUUUGGUUCGUAAACUCCAAGCUUCACAACCAAAGCAUAACUUUGAAUCAAAUAAAAAGUCUGAUGCACGAAAGAGUGUACUUGUCAUGGAGCAGAGUGUUUCCUCAGAGUCUGAAAGGAAAUCUGGUCAUCUACGGAGAAAUUUGCGUCACUGGAAUGACAUUGUUGACUCGGAUGUUACAGAGAGCAGUUCUGGUGGUGAAAGUUGCGAAGAAUGGGAAGAUUGCCCUCUGAUGUCGGACAAAAAAGUUCCAACGCCUUUAUAUAAGCGUGCGGAGUGGAAAUGGUCUGUUGAUCGAGCGGCUAUAGUGGCAAGAUGGACUUGGUUGCAAGCGCAAGUGUCUGAUCUCGAGUAUCGUAUUCGGCAACAGAGUGAAAUCUACAAAACUAUAAGAACGAGUAAGGGUGUGGUUACCUUGUCUGACCCACCCUUGUCAGUUGGACCAAGUGGGGAUGCUGGCUCAAAAAGGGCUCAGGAAAUGUCCCCAGCAAAUGUAGCAACUUUAAUGAUCAAUGUGAAUAAGCAAGCUUCUAGGUUGUCCCAAUCUCUUGGAAAUAGUCUUUCACCCGCUCCAGCAGCGGGGCUUGGUACUUUGAACAAGGAUUCUUCUAAGUCACUGAAUGGCAUUGUGGAUGUUUCCCACCAAGACUCGUCAAGUUCUGCACAUUCUCAGCAGUCAUGUACUCCAGUUAAUGGAAAGGCAUUGAGUGAUUGUUCUAGUGCAAAUAUGUCCCCAGUGUUGGGUCAGCCAUUAGAUGCUUCAUGUGUAUCAGCUCGCUGUAGACCAGUGAGGUUUUAUAGAAAACGUAAACUCCUUCACACAGCUGGAUUACAUCAAGUGAACCAUAAAGCAGCACGCUUAUCUAGUGUGAAAUGUCAGUGUUACCCGCCUGUGAUGCCAUGCCCCAUGUGUGGGGGACGAUAUAAUAAUGUGCAAAAACUUGAUGCAGAGUGUAUGCCUAUCAUGGAGAAGGUGUCGCUGUUGGAUCCAGCUUUUCAUCCAGUUUUGUCAUUCCCACAAGAAAUAGCCUUGCCACUGCACUUUGAAGCACUUUUGAAGAGUGGAGAAUGGCAGUCUUCGAAGUCGCAACCAAAAGUCACUAUGAGGGCCAUGGCUGCAGAAAAAAGACGACAGAAGUUAUUAAAUGCCCAGAUAAAAGAGCAGUCAAGGAAGAACAAUCGCAAGAAGUAUAACAAGACUGCGGCAGCUGUCCUUCUAACAUCAGCCAAAUUACGCAGCAAAUAUGAUGGUAAAUCCCCACAUAAGAAAUCAAAGAAGGUUACUGCAGAAACUAGAAUGCGUAGGAAGGAACUGAAGAGACGAAGAGCAGCACAACUAGCAGUUGCAGCUUUGAAGAAGUCUAUGAUCAAUCAGGACACAGAUAUGGACAGUCUCAGUACGCUGAGUCAAACCCCGACUCAUUCUCCGCAGAUGAAAGAUGGAACUCUGUCACACAGCGCAUCGUCCAGCGCCUUGAAAGACCAGAAGGAGCAUAGAAAGAAGAGGUUUGAGAAUGCCUAUGAUAUCAACAACAUUGUUAUCCCGUACAGUAUGGCUGCAUCAACAAGAGUAGAAAAACUGCAGUAUAAAGAGAUUCAGACUCCUAAAUGGAGAGAACUUGGUCAGUCAGAGCAGGAUACUGAGGAGCCACAGGCAGAACAAGAGGUGGAAGACAUGACUGAUGAUACAUUUGCUGACAGACAUGAGACUAUGGAAGCGGAGGAGAGAAAAAGAUUCCGAAAUUUCAUUACAUACCCUCCUGUACGCCGUGGACGGCUUUCUAGAGAAAGUGAGAGUAAUACAUUGGAAACAUUCUCACCAGAGUGUAGUUUAAAUGAAGCCUCUUUCCAGACAGAUAGUGCUGGAUGUUUGUCAUACAUUCACGAAGAAAGGCGACGAAGUGGGUCUACCUCACGUAGAUCAAAUACAUUUGAUGACAGUGUCAGAGAGUAUGAUAGCUACAAUGAUUAUGAAUAUAUGGAGCCAUGGCCGGCAAGACAGUUCCCCAUACCCGAGGAUGUGUACGAAGAAAUGAAAAUUGAACAGAACAGAGUGAGUUCAACUAGAAAUACCUACAGACGUCCAAGAACUGUUAAAGUACAGGAUGAUCCUAGUAUGGAAUUUAUCAGUCCCGACUUCGAACCAUUGGAUUCCGCAACUUUUGCUGCCUCGCCAGCACCAAGUGGAACGUCAACUUCAACUUGUGAUGAUGAAAACGAUCCGGAAUGGAAUGAGAAUAGAGGUGAUAGAAGAUCAUCAAUAAGUAUGAAACAUUCAAAGAGAUGAAAAGAAGCAUACAAAAAGUGUUGCAAAGGAAUUUGAAAAGUAAAGGCAGUGUCUGACUUUGAGCAUGUAAGGCUCGGCAAAGCAGUAUUGGAGGAAGACAGGGCAGUAAGAAAACAAGUGUUUAGAAUUUAAAGUUUGAUUACAAGAACAAAUCAAAUAAGAAGAAAGUCAAGAAAGAGAUUCAACAAGUUGAACUAGAAGUUUUUGCUUUCUAGGAAAUUGUACUAAAAUCCACCACUUAUUGAAAGAAUUAGCAAUAUUUUGCGAAAUAAAACAGAAUGGAAAAAAGAAGAGAAUGUUUCUGAAGAAACAAUUACACGAAUCAGGUUCUUUAAGGUACAAUUAAAGAACAAACAUUUGUAGUGCUAGACAAACUCUUGGAAAAAAGAAUAACUUACAUACCAUUAAAACUUUCUUUCAUAGAACUCUUAACAAAUUGUGCUUUCAUUGUGAAUAUAUUCCAGAUGUAUAUAGAACGUUGUAUAUAAUCCUGUUAUUCUGUUUCAUACGAUCAUGUAUAUAUUUCUUAUUAAUGUUAGUUGAAUUUUUUCUGUGACAUUGAAUUCUUGUGAAGCUUUCCUGUGUUCAGAAAACAGUUUUGCUAUUUUGGUAGUUUUAAAGCUUAAAACGACUUAAGAUAUUAAUGUAAGCAAAGGUAAUAAUUGAGCCCCGCCAUGAGAAAACCAACAUAGUGGCUUUGCGACCAGCAUGGAUCCAGACCAGCCUGCGCAUCUGCGCAGUCCGGUCAGGAUCCAUGCUGUUCGCUUUCAAAGCAUAUUGCUAUUAGAGAAACUGUUAGCGAACAGCAUGGAUCCUGACCAGACUGCGCGGAUGCGCAGGCUGGUCUGGAUCCAUGCUGGUCGCAAAGCCACUAUGUUGGUUUUCUCAUGGCGCGGCUCAUAUAUUGUAAGAGAACUGUUCUAGAACUAUUACUUCAAUAGCACACCUGGAAUUUUAGUAUAAUAAAUAAAAAUGGAAGAAAGUACUUCAAAUAUUUAUCUUUAGCAUACAGUUAACAAAAGGAAGUUUUGUUCUGUUUAAUUUCUGUUUUAUAAUGAUAAUCAUGAUGUUGAUUAUAUACUUGCUGUACUAUGCUACAAGGUUGUAAUAUUAUGCAGGGAGAAAGAUGCUUUUUUUGUCCCAUUACAUUAUUUGAUAUCUGGGACAUUUUAAAAACGGCUUACUUUGAAAUCACUCAUUUUUUUAUAGGGGACUAAUUUUUGUUGCAAAAUUUAACCCCAGUGAAGUAGUAAAAAUUCUAUUAAUUUUAUUUUCAAAGGUCAAAAUCUAUGAGCUUAUAUCUCUACGAAAUAGCUGUUUGGGUCAAAACAAUGAAGUUUCAUGCUCAAGAAAAUGAAUUGACUUACUUACAGGUUGUAAAUGUUUGAAUGGUAAAGUUAAGAGACAGAGGAUAGUAAGUAAAGAACUCCUCUUUCUCAUUUUAGAACAGUUUCCACAUGUAUUCAGAUAAAUGUGUUAUUGUUUUACUGAAAAGGAUAAAUUUCUCCAAAUACUUGAAUGGGGUUGGGGCGGGGGCGGGGGUGGGGGUGGAUACAUUUAUUCUCGGCUAUCUUAAUUACAUUACAAAAAAGAAAAAAAUCUCAAAGCAUAUAUGUUGAAGGCAUUCAGUUAAACUAUCACUUUAAUUUACAAUUUUUCUUUUCAGUUUUGUCUUUGUAAUAGCAUUUGUCAGUAAAAUAUGCACAGUCAUAAGCAUAUUUUGCAUUUUUGGCUGGCUCGAUAUACUCGCUCUAAGUUUGUCUUAAGGAAUUUCCAUUUCAGUUCGUAAUGAAAAAAAAAGUUGAUUCGUUGUGAUUCUAAUUGUUUGAUAUGUAUAUACAGUGUAGUUGUUGGCAGUAUUGUAUAGUGUAUAUAAAGUGAAUCUCUUGAUUUUCAUCUUGUAGAAAUGAGGAUAUCCUAUACACGUGAUAUAAGGCAUUGAUUGGUACAUGCUGUAAACUGUACUGGUGUCAGUGCCCGUGAUAUUUCCCUGUUGUAACGGUUUGGACCACAAUUUCAUAGCUGUGUUAAAUACAAUUGUUGUUGUACGAAAUAAUGUAUAGAUGGCUGCUUGGUAACAAAAUUAUUUCCUGGUUAAAUGGCAUGUUAAGUUACUGUUUUCAUUAUAUAAAUUAAUGGUGAUCAUGUUAAGAAAUGGUUCAGAUCAUAUGUUGUUGUUGGUGUGGGUUUUGCAAGUUACAAAGCUUUCAUCAAAAUUCAAAGUAGUUUUUACCGGCCUGGAAAGCUAAAAAGAGAGCUUCAACUGACAGUUUCUAAAUGUUUCUUUUUUAUCUGGUUUAUUGUUUCUAAUCCAGUCAAACAUUGAGACAAUUUUAUGUAGUUUCUUUUUAUGGCUAUUUGUAAGGUUUAAUUGUAGGUGCCACCUAUUUCUGAAACGAGGUGUCCUUAAGUAUAAUUUUGCUUUAAUUGGAUAAGGGGGAUAUGCUUAUCUGCAUGAAAUGUGCACAAUGUGCUAUUAAAGUCUGCAAUUGCAUUGUGGAAACCAAAUUUGCCAGUUUCUUCUAUACACUGGGAUGAUGCAUUCAGACAAUUUUUGCAGAUAAAGUUACCUCCCUUACUCCUUUACUUGCAGUUAUAUUUUUAACAUGGUUAAAGUAAAAUGUGAGCAUUUUCUAUUCCAGAGUAUUAACUAUCACAAGCUUUAACAAUUUUCUGUCGGUAACCUAAGUUUAUUUUUAGCUCACCUGUCACAAAGUGACAAGGUGAGCUUUUGUGAUCGUGAGGUGUCCGUCGCCCGUGCGUGCGUGCGUCCGUAAACUUUUGCUUGUGACCACUCUAGAGGUCACAUUUUUCAUGGGAUCUUUAUGAAAGUUGGUCAGAAUGUUCAUCUUGAUGAUAUCUAGGUCAAGUUCGAAACUGGGUCACGUGCCGUCAAAAACUAGGUCAGUAGGUCUAAAAAUAGAAAAACCUUGUGACCUCUCUAGAGGCCAUAUAUUUCACAAGAUCUUCAUGAAAAUUGGUCAGAAUGUUCACCUUGAUGAUAUCUAGGUCAAGUUCGAAACUGGGUCACGUGCCAUCAAAAACUAGGUCAGUAGGUCUAAAAAUAGAAAAACCUUAAGACCUCUCUAGAGGCCAUAUAUUUCACAAGAUCUUCAUGAAAGUUGGUCAGAACAUUCACCUUGAUGAUAUCUAGGUCAAGUUUGAAACUGGGUCACGUGCCAUCAAAAACUAGGUCAGUAGGUCAAAUAAUAGAUAAACCUUGUGACCUCUCUAAAGGCCAUAUUUUUCAUGGGAUCUGUAUGAAAGUUGGUCUGAAUGUUCAUCUUGAUGAUAUCUAGGUCAAGUUUGAAACUGGGUCACGUGCGAUCAAAAACUAGGCCAGUAGGUCUAAAAAUAGAAAAACUUUGUGACCUCUCUAGAGGCCAUAUAUUUCAUGAGAUCUUCAUGAAAAUUGGUCAGAAUGUUCACCUUGAUGAUAUCUAGGUCAAGUUCGAAAGUGGGUCACGUGCCAUCAAAAACUAGGUCAGUAGGUCAAAUAAUAAAAAAAACCUUGUGACCUCUCUAGAGGCCAUAUUUUUCAUGCGAACUGUAUGAAAGUUGGUCUGAAUGUUCAUCUUGAUGAUAUCUAGGUCAAGUUUGAAACUGGGUCACGUGCCGUCAAAAACUAGGUCAGUAGGUCAAAUAAUAGAAAAACCUUGUGACCUCUCUAAAGGCCAUAUUUUUCAUUGAAUCUGUAUGAAAAUUGAUCUGAAUGUUCAUCUUGAUGAUAUCUAGAUCAACUUCGAAACACUGUCAUGUGCGGUCUAAAACUAGGUCAGUAGGUCUAAAAAUAGAAAAACCUUGUGACCUCUCUAGAGGCCAUACUUGUGAAUGGAUCUCCAUAAAAAUUGGUCAGAAUGUUCACCUUGAUGAUAUCUAGGUCAAGUUUGAAACUGGGUCACGUGCCUUAAAAAAACUAGGUCAGUAGGUCAAAUAAUAAAAAACCUUGUGACCUCUCUAGAAGCCAUAGUUUUCAUGGGAUCUGUAUGAAAGUUGGUCUGAAUGUUCAGCUUGAUGAUAUCUAGGUCAAGUUUGAAACUGACUGGGUCAGCUGCGGUCAAAAACUAGGUCAGUAGGUCUAAAAUUGUUAAAAUCUUUUGACCUCUGUAGAGGCCAUAUUUUUCAAUGGAUCUUCAUGAAAAUUGAUCUGAAUGUUCACCUUGAUGAUAUCUAGGUCAGUUUCGAAACAGGGUCACAUGCGGUCAAAAACUAGGCUAGUAGGUAUAAAAAUAGAAAAACCUUGUGACCUCUCUAGAAGCCAUAUUUUUCAUGAGAUCUUCAUGAAAAUUAGUGAGAGUGUUCACCUUGAUGAUAUCUAGGUAAAGUUCAAAACAGGGUCACGUACUUUUGAAAACUAGGUCAAUAGGCCAAAUAAUAGAAAAACCUUGUGAUCUCUCUAGAGAUCAUAUUUUUCAAUGGAUAUUCAUGAAAAUUGGUCAGAAUUUUUAUCUUGAUAAUAUCUAGGUCAAGUUCAAGACUGGGUCACAUGAGCUCAAAAACUAGGUCACUAUGUUAAAUAAUAGAAAAAACGACGUCAUACUCAAAACUGGGUCAUGUGGGAAGAGGUGAGCGAUUCAGGACCAUCAUGGUCCUCUUGUUUAUUUUAUUUUUGUAUACUGAAGGAAAAUGAUAGAGAAUAAUUGUUUUUGCAUGUUAAGAUACUUAACAUAUGAUGACUAUGUUUGUUUCAUUGAGAAAGGUGGAAAAAGCAAUUUUCUUGAUGUGUUUAUAAAUAGGAGUUUAUUGGAAUAUUUCAUGCUUAACACAGGAUUCAGUUUUGCUUACAUGCUUCAUUGAAUUAAGUACUCCACAGUAGUUUUUGUUUUGCAAUGUUUGUUGUUACUGCAAGCAGUUUAUAUCUCUAUCUUCUUAGGUUUGCAUGGUCCGUUGCAAACCUUGAAACUUUGCUCAAGGCCGCUGUUUUCAAUAAAUAGGGCUAUAGCAGUAUUUUAAAAUCACCAUUUUGAUGCCUGAAACGGGGCUUGACCUGGAGAAAUGUAUUUCAGUUAUGUUUUACUAGAGAUAAAGAUCCUUCUAAAAGUUAGUAAAGCUUUUAUUUUGUGACAUAGGUAUGUGUGAUACCAGUAUAAUAUAACCACUCGUAGCCAGUCAGUAAAAAUGUUUUUGUCACUACCAGUAAAAAAAAACAAACUUGCCUGCUUAAUAAUGAAUACACAGAUACUCUUGCUAUAUUGUAACUUAUUCAAAUUACUGUUUUAUAUAGAAACUUUACUACUAUGGAAAACUUCUCUCAUAGGAAUAGUCUAUAUAUCAGCAUGUUUCCUUGACAUAGCGGAAUAAAUAAUGCAUCAUAGCCCAUUUCUUUCUUGAAAUGAAGAAUUUUUCCCUGAGUUUUAUCAGCGGAUGUGGCUGGUACUAGCUUAAAAUUCCAAACAGCCAAGUGUUUUGAACAAAAUCAUGUUAAUAUAGUUCCAGUUUUUGAAAUGGAGUUUUUAAGUUUCUAUAUCAUUGUGAUUUAAGUAAAUACAUAUUUGAAUCUUUACAACCUUAAAGUGCUAUUCUGUGCAGAUAACUAUGUUUGCAAUACAUUUUUAUUUUCAGACAUGUUCAUAACCCUUGAACUUACCUUGAUAUGUUUUGUAUUAAAUUUUGCAUCAAGUUUAAUCGAUUGAAGUAUGGAAUUUAUCACAUGAAAAGUGUCGCAUGAAAAAGUAACUUCAAACUUCUUGUAAUAUCUUCUUUAUUUAUACUUUUGGAAACGUAGUUACGUAGAGAUUUUAGUAAUUAAAAGUUUAGUUUAAAAAAUGUUCAGAUUUGUACAAAUAUGUUUCAAAAAUGGUUUCAGAAACUUUUUCAUGAGAUGCAGUUCAGUCAAUGUAUUUCAUUCAUUAUGCUUAACAUUCUAUCCAUUUUGCUCUUUCCUAUUUCUGGUAUAAAUAUAGAAUUAAAAAAACUGAAUUGCAA